AAUCUGCUACAGCCGACGGUUUAGUUUCAGUCUGGUUGCUGUGGUCACCGAUUUGAUUAAACGAUACAUGUGCAUUCCAUUUGUCUUUUGGAUUUAUUUGACCAUGUAACGAAUAAUUUAGAUUGCAACCUCAUUUUCAGGAUCGUUUAUUACUUUUGAAAUGGUGUAACGUAAAUUUUUGUAGAUAUGAAAAGUAAUACGGCUAGUAAAUCACGUUGUAAGGUGGCACCGACUAAAAUUUUAACCCCCAUUUCUGGUUUGGUUCUUUGGUCAUCCUUCAGUCUUCCCGGAUGAUGUCGUUAAGCCGUUCAUCGGUUUUGACCCAUGCUGCUGCAAUGACCUUUGGCUUUUGCCUGGCUUACAUCUUCAUUUCAAUCAGCUUAUCAAGUCAUUCACCCUUCUCCCGACAUAAACCACGUUUUCCAGGAGAUGAUGGUGAGGAUGCACACGGGCAUGAUCACGGUGAUGCCCAUAAUGAAGAGGACAUGGAAAGUCUUGCUGGUCCUGUUCGUGAUUUCGGUUUGCAUGGCAGACACGAAGACUCAAACGCCGGUGAAGAUGAAGUGGCAAGAGAGCUACGCGAAAAGGUUCGUGUGCUGUGUUGGGUCAUGACGGGCCCAAAGAACCACGAGAAAAAAGCGAUUCAUGUUAAGCGCACUUGGGGCAAACGCUGCAACAUACUCGUAUUCAUGAGCUCGGUGGAAGACGAGUCGUUGCCUUCGGUGGCGUUACCUGUCGGAGAGGGUCGUGAAAAUCUGUGGGGGAAAACUCGCGAAGCAUACCGUCACGUUUGGGAAAACUACCGAGACAAAGCUGAUUGGUUUAUGAAAGCCGAUGAUGACACUUAUGUGGUGCUGGAGAAUCUCCGCUACAUGUUGUCACCCUACAAUGCUUCGGACCCCAUUGCAUUCGGCCAUAAAUUUAAACCCUUCGUCAAACAAGGAUAUUUCAGCGGUGGCGCUGGAUAUGUUUUAAGUAAAGAAGCCACUAGGAGAUUUGUCGAAGAAGGAUUGACGGAUUCGAAAAAAUGCAGAAAAGACCCUGGAGGUGCUGAAGAUGUCGAAAUGGGUAAAUGUCUAGCCAAUCUAAACAUAAAAGCUGGUGAUAGCAGAGAUUUGUACGGCAGAGGUCGGUUUUUCCCAUUUGUUCCCGAACACCAUUUGAUUCCAGGACACGUAACGAAAGACUUUUGGUUCUGGCAGUACAUUUACUAUCCAGCCAGAGAGGGGCUUGACUGCUGCUCGGAUACGGCCGUGUCUUUUCAUUAUGUUUCUCCGAACGAAAUGUACGUGCUCGAGUAUUUGAUAUACCACCUGAAACCUUAUGGAAUCCAAAACCAUUUGCAAGGGACCGCUGCCCCGCCACCCGACCAAGAUCUGAAAGCCACACCGUGGUCAGGUCCGACUGACUGAGAGGAAAAAGGGAAGAUUACACAAAAUGCCUGUCUUACUUUACUUUUGUACUAAGUCAAAUGUUCUUUUUCUUUUUUUUUUGUGAAUUAAAAAUCGUUUCGUAUUGAGGCCAAAAAAGAAUAUAUUUAUGAAAUUUUUUCGCUCAUUGUCUUGCGAGUCAAUAGGUCCAGGUGUAUGCUGGUUGUAUCUCGGCUGAUUGCUGUGCUAGUAGGGGUUCAAACUUGACGCUGGAUUUCAAAAAUUAAUGGACAUUUGUUGAUCCAGAAAAUGAUAUAGCUGUUCUUUUUCCUCGAGCUCUUGAGUACUUUGCGAAAAAAAACAAAAAAACAAACAACCAACAGCGUUUGAGAAAAAUAGUUCACUUUAUCCCUGGAGAAAUACGAUGACACACAUCACCCAAAAAAAAAUUUUGGUACUCUGGAGAAAAAGAGAGAGAAAAAAAAAAGGCCAAACAAUCAAUUAAACGUGUCGGAAAAUCGCCCAAAAAAUCCUCAUGCUCUACUUGUUCAAUGAAAUAUAUUUUUCAAAAAUCAAACACAACAGAGACGCACGCACACAUAAGAUGUGGAUAUCGAAAAGGCCGACAGGAAAACCUGGAAAAGCGUACCUAUAGUUAAAGGUGAAUGACAAUUACGGUGAAUGUUGACGUGUUUUGUUUCCUUCUUUUCAUCUUGUCAAGCCUCUCGUAUGUAAGUUGUUUUGUUUUGUUUUGUUUUUUUCCGAGGGGGUGGGUGGGAAUCUAAGAUCUUAAGGUUUGUGCCUGUUUUUUCCCCCAAAAUCUUUUCAAUGGGCGGAGUAGGUGGGGGAGACGAGACAUGGAGCGGCUUUUGUAUUCGUUUCUGUCAUUGCCAUCAAUUCCCCAUUCUGUUUCUUCCGCCAUCGCCGGAGGCUAACCGUCUUAAACAGCUGCUAUUGGGUGAGGUGAUAGCACCGCUUGAGCCUGCCAUAGCUUAGUCAGUCGGUAGAGUUGGCCGAGAGCGGACUCGUUCAAGUCAUCCGGUGCAUUCUCCAACUGGUUUUCGUUAGUGUGCUCCGACGUUUCACUGUAGGGAAUGUAAAUAUUUCAUCAUUCCC